CUGCGUCAUUCGUAUCCAGCGAUGUAGGACAAACAAAGGGUGAACACGAUCUAUAGUAGUCUAACUCUAUCUCCGUACACGGCGAGAUACGUCCUACAGCGACGGAUUUUGUAGUUGGAUACGGGUACUCUGAAACCAGGAAUACCUCUCUGCAAGUGUGUUUGAUACUGGGCGAGGUAUUGUUGUCUUCACACACACAAAAUGGCGCAGCAGCUACGAAUCUACCCGCCUGAGUCGACAGCAAGACAGUCAGCCAAGAAAGGCGCAGCGUCUUCACCGUGGAACGCAAUGAAGGCGAUGUCACGUAACAUCUUGGUGACGGUAGGGAUUCUGAUUCUAGUUCAAGACCUGUACCUGGCCGCCGUGACAUCCAGAAUUGAUGACGACUGUGAAAGCUCGAAGCCUGAUACAGGACAGCUACACUUCUCCAACUCUGCAAACAGAGCACGGCAGGUGAAAUCGUUACCGAGGGAGAAAAUUGAGCCCCCACCCCAGGUUGUGGUUGCCCGUGGGGUCUCCAACACCCGGCGGAGUAGAAACCUGAAACCGAACAGACAAGCCUACCUCAACCUGCUCGGACAACUCAACGACUCAUCUGUACUGACAAAACUUCCCAAUGUACCGUACAACUAUGGCAAGAUAGAUAAAUUAAGGAACGACAUAUUCAGGGAAACGCACAUCAAGAGGUACCUGAUCGCGAGUCAAGAGAACACACCGCUGAGAUCUCCACUGCCAUUUUUCGAAGGAAGAAACAAAACUACGUACUACGCUGUUCCAGAGUUGUACAAGCUACUACCAUCUCCAGAUAACAAAAAGUUGAAGUUGCCUAAGAACCCUAUUCACAGCUGCAGUGUAGUCGGGAACGGCGGGAUACUGCUGGAUAGCGGCUGUGGUCCACAAAUAGACUCGUCAUCCGUCGUCUUGAGGUGAGUUCUCUGCGAUAUCUGAACAUAUUUGUUAUCAAUUAGCCAAGAAGGCAUGGAUGGUCACCUGUAGAAGAAGCAUUGGGUCGUAUACUACCAUAAUUUCUUUCUUACCGA